AUGUCCUUCGGCUCCGUAUUCCUGCGGGAAUCCCCUGACCCAUGCUUCGAAAAGGUUGACUUUGCUUCUUGUCAUGCUAGUGACCUCAGGAGGAAUAUAACUCUGGUUCCUGACAUCUUAUCCGACAGAUCGACGGCCAAGAAAUCCUUGGAUUGGCCGGAUAACUCUGUGGAAUUUAGACAUCAUUCACAUAUCGGCUACGUGCUGCGUAAUAAGGGAGAACCUACUAACAAGGUUUUUCCCAAUAAUCCACAUAAACUUGUGUGCGGACUAUACAUGUUGCUCAAAGGAGGGCUAAAACGGAGCACGGACAAUACUGGUCGGUAUGAUCGUGUGAACGAUCGUUCAUAUUUUAGGCCAGGAACCCUUGUUUGUGGCACAAGGGUUAGGCGCAAACUAUCGCUGUUGCGCUUUCUGCAGCACUGGAAAUUUCCGAGGCACCUCAGAUUCAUCACGAACACCUCGAGGCAGACAAACAAAAUUCACAGAUUCUCCUCUUUACCCUUCCGUCGAAACAUCAUUGCACAUGUUACUCGAACAUUAAACUUUGAGUUUUCAAGAUAA